UUGAUUUAAUUCACGCGCAAGAUGACGGGCUGCGAGGCCUUGCACGCGCAGCUGACGUCCGUCAUGGAGGCGCUGACCAGAGCCGCCGUGGCGGAGAUCUGCGAGCUGGUGGCCGGCAGCUGCGCCGUGCUGCGGCUGGAGGUCGGCCGCAGCCACCGGGAGAACCAGGCGCUGCGCCGGCAGCUGCAGCUGAUGGAGACCGUGGUGGCCCGGGCGGCGGCGGGGCUGCAGGCGGCCCCCGCGGGCGGCUUCGUGCAUCUCACUCCCGACGCCACGCAGCUGAGAGGACAUCCCAAGAGAAGAGGCCCAGAGCGGACCCCCCACACCCAAGAGGAUUCUCCUGUAGCAGCUGCAGAGGAGCCCAAGGACCAGGAUGUAGUUUUAAUCAAGGAGGAGAUGACGAAAGAGGAAGAGGAGGAGGAAGAGGAGCUGCUGCUCAACGAGGACGGAACGGAGAUGCAGCUGUCCGAUACAGACGACGGGGAAGAAGGACCCUCUGGGAUGAUGGUCCACUCCGCGGCGGCCGCCAUGAGGCUGUGGGACCAGAACAGCGACGGUCCAUCGGAGCAUCGGGGGUCCCUCGGCGCUCCGGGGUCUCCGGGCCCCGGCGGCGGCACCGGCGAGAGCCGCUCUUCGGACGUGGCGUUUGACUCUGAGUCGAUCGGCGGGCAGAGGCCCUUCCUGUUUGGGCCCCGGGGAAGCCCCGCCUCGCCGCCGGGGCCCUCGGACCUGAAGACCCCGAUCGGCUCCCUCCCCUACGACGCGGACCUGGAUCUGUGCUCCUCGUGGACCGAUCGAGGCCCGCCGGGCCGGGCGCCGGACCCGAGCGCCGCCGGCUUCCCCGGAUUCCCGCCGGACCCGCCGAUCCGGUUCUGCGAGGACGGCAGGCGCUUCGGCUGCAGCUACUGCGGGAAGAGCUUCACGUCGUCCCGCAGCCUGGAGACGCACACGCGCGUCCACACCGGCGAGCGGCCGUACAGCUGCGCCCAGUGCGGCAAGCGCUUCACGCAGUCCGGUCACCUGAAGACGCACCAGAGCGUCCACACCGGCGAGCGGCCCUUCGCCUGCCAGCACUGCGGGAAGCGGUUCGCCGGCAAGCAGAACCUGAGGAUCCAUCAGCAGAAGCACCACGCGGCUCCCGUUUAACACCGCUAAUAAUAUAUAUAUUCAUAUAAAUAUAUAUUUACACACUGUAAAGAAGCUCACUGACUCAUCCUUUUAAAUAGAUCUUUUUCUAAAGUGGAAGGCCUUUUUAACUCUGACGACAUAUUCUAGACGCCGGAGACGAAGCUGAACCGGAUCCGGAUCAGAUUCUGGUGGACGUGAGUUCCUGUGAGGCGCCGUGGAGCUGGCGGAGGGUGAACCGGUCGGUGUGAUGCUGAACGCUGUGCUUUGCUUCAGUUACAGAUUCUCACUAAGCGUGGCGACGGGAGGAGAACGAGUCCGUUACAGACGAGGAACACCAGUCGAGGCCGAGUGUCUCGGGCAAGAAUACAAGUUAGUCUGCAUUGAAUUGCUGCUGAUGAGAGGUUUUUUUUAAAUAAACCAAAUUAAAAGUGAAAAAACUUGUUUACGACUUCUCAAACGUGAGGAGUUGCUGCUUUUUUCUUGUUUUUACAUCUUUUGUAAACUGAAUCAUUUUAGACUUUUCAUUCUAUUAAUAGAAGUAGAACACGAGCAGGACGUCAGAGUGGCGGCCAUUUUUAUUUGUACCGCGACUAAAACGAGCGUUGGAGUUGUAACGUUACGAAGAGUUUCAUCCACACUUCACCAGUGAAGCAUUAAAGCAUGGUGGUAUUAGCAAGCUAGGUAGCUAACUAGCGUAUAUGGUGGCGUUAGCAAGCCAGGUAGCUAACUAUUAUACAUAGUGGCAUUAGAAUGCUGGGUAGCUAACUAGCGUACAUGGUGGCAUUAGCAAGCUAGGUAGCUAACUAGCAUACAUGGUGGCAUUAGAACACUAGGUAGCUAACUAGUAUACAUGGUGGCAAGCAAGGUAGCAAACAUAGUGGCAUUAGAAUGCUGGGUAGCUAACUAGCGUACAUGGUGGCAUUAGCAAGCUAGGUAGCUAACUAGCAUACAUGGUGGCAUUAGAACACUAGGUAGCUAACUAGUAUACAUGGUGGCAAGCAAGGUAGCAAACAUAAUGGCAUUAGAAUGCUGGGUAGCUAACUACCGUACAUGGUGGCAUUAGCAAGCUAGGUAGCUAACUAGUAUACAUGGUGGCAAGCAAGGUAGCAUACAUAAUGGCAUUAGAAUGCUGGGUAGCUAACUAGCGUACAUGGUGGCAUAGCAAGCUAGGUAGCUAACUACUAUACAUAGUGGCAUUAGCAAGCUAGGUAGCUAACCGUUCAGGUCUGUUCUCCUGUAGUUAGUGAUUUAAUUGAUUUAUUUGUACACUAUAACGUCCCUCUCACUUUAUCUUCGUCACAUUUCAACAUGUACAAGAAACGGAUCAAAAAUAAGUUAAAAGUGAGUGUGUGUGUGAAUUAUUGUUAAAAACAACUCAAAUAUAAGCAUUAAUAUGGGCCUUAGAAAUCCAGCAUUAUUUAUUUCUUAUCUGACACAAGGCCGUGUGUGUGUGUUGGACCGUCCUCGGUCUCCACACACACACACACACACACACAAUGUCCGAGAGAAGCACAAACAAAGGGCUUUCACACAAUAGAACUGGUCUCUCACUGGUCCCAGUAACAAAUCCACUCGCACACUGGCAGCUUCUCACUACCUCUAGAUAUGUACACGUUUAAACCACUAAAGAUGUCCUUUUGAAUAUUCAGUAAACUAUUUGUUAGUCUUUUCUAUUGUCUGAUGUUUUAUCGUCUUCAUCACUUCUGUAACAUUUAAAAGUGGAGAUUGAAUUCUGCUGAUUUAAGUCAAAAACGACCAAAGAGACAUUUAUUGGAUGUUGUGAGAUCGAUUUUGUCGAUGUUUUGUUCUGGUAAAUGAGGAUUAUUUGUUGCAUUAAAAGGCUCAUUCAUCAGCAAGCA